CCCAGUGUAACAAAACUUAGUAAAAAAGUACAGUUUGAAUACACAUACUCAUUCUGUAAGAUACCUGGUGUCUAUUAUAAAACUCGGUUACGUUCUGUUUUUCUGCAUUUUUGAGUCUUCACGGAAGCUAAAAUGGAAAACACAGGUUACACUUAUCCCCAGGAUAAUGUGGCUCUUUAUCCUACAGGUCAGUAUGAUCGACUAAAAGAUGAUGGUACAAGUGUGACUACAGCAACAGUUGUCAACAUGGGGCCAACAGUCCCACCACGCAGAGACCAUAUCAUUUGGUCCAUUUUCACUACUGUCUACAUGAACAUCUUCUGCCUGGGAUUAAUGGCUCUUGCUUUCUCCAUAAAGUCUAGGGAUCGUAAAGUCCUUGGCGACAUGGAAGGAGCCCAUCACUAUGGUUCAACUGCGAAGGUCCUGAACAUCAUAGCCCUUGUUCUCACCAUCCUUAUUGUGGCAUUGAUCAUUGGCCUGAUUGCUGCUGGAGUGAUUGAAUUCCAUUAUGCAGCUAGGCAUGAUUUCAAAGGCAAGUAACUUGCUGAACUGUACAGAUCAACAGACUGUAGCCUUGGGGAAAUAAUCCAGUAAACAAGACUUGCAGGGAAAUGUAUGCUUUUUCUAUUGUGUUAUACACAGUUUUUCUUCUACUGUAACUGCGAUGUAACUUGUAUUUUCCUGGAUGGCAUGCAAAACUGCAGUUUCAUGAAGUAAGGACUGCAGUAAUGAAGUUUAAGAAAGAAAUGUAUUCCUACAAUGUAUAUAGCAUUUUUUAUGUAAUUUUCUUUCCAUACAAAACAUAACAUUGUUUUUAUAAGCAAUUGUCACUCACUUUAGCUAACAUUUCACCAUUCUAAGCAAAAUAUUCCCUUACUGUAUGUUUCAUUGUUCAUUUAUAUCUUAAGUUAAAGAUCAUUAAACUGUGCACAAGCUGAA